AUGAGGAAGACCACAGUCUGCCUCCCCUGCCUCAUCACCAAGCUCUCUUUGAAAGCUGGUGUAGAGGAACACCCAGAUGACAUCACACGGGUGGCAUCUAUCAUUGAUGCUAAGACCUGGAACGGUCUUAAAAGCACCUACAUUGACACCACCCAACCUAUUCCUGCCAAUCUAAGACGCUCCCCCACCAGUGAUGAUGAAGAGGAAACCCCUGUGGUCUCACGGAAGAAGGCCACCAAGAUGACUCCUUCAAAAUCUUCCUCUUUUGCCCACGUUCCAGCAAGGAGAACUGUCCCUCCUCCCACCAAGGUAAAGAAGGAUGCCUCUGCUGCUACUGAUGGUAAACAGGGCAAGAAGAAAUCUCCUGCCAAAGCCCCCCUAAGAAAGGGGGAACGUUCGAGUCAGAGGCUAAAGAGGGUCCUCAGCAGCAACAGGCCAGAGGGAGCAUCCUCUGCAAAACCUAUCACCCUCUCUGUCAAGGAGGAGGAAAGUGAAGACAAUGAGCCUUUGGCAAAAAGUAUGAAGGCUGGCAGAAUGUCAGCACCCAAACCAGCUGCCAAGGAGACAUCCCCAAGCAGCUCAGACUCUACAUUUUCUGACAUUCCGUCCCCACCACCUUCUCACUCUCCACCAAAGGCUCAACCACAGAAGAAAAAUGACAGAGCAAAGGGGAUUCUCAUAGAACCCCCUAAGAAGAAAGCAAAGACAACAGGUCCCAGGCAGAUCAAUCUGGGAGGUCCUCUGUCAUACCCUGUCAUCCGUCCUGAUACUUCUGGGGAAGAAUCUCUUGCCAGAACCUUGGCAGAAGAAGAAGGGAUGGCAAUUCCUCCACUGAUGGAGGAACAAGCUGUGACCAUGCCCUCAUCAUCCAGACCACCAGUGGAUGAACCCAGCACAACACCCGUUGUGCCUUCUACUGUUGGCAGUAGCCAGCAGAAGAAGCAACCUACUUCGUCCCCUACUGCAGCAAUCCCCAUCGCAGCUAGAAGAAAAUCGCAAAUUGGGAUUGCUGAAAUCUUUGAAAUGCUGGGGGAAAAGUUAGAAAAAUGGCUGCCAGCAAAGAAAUCUGUUCCCCAACUUGACAUGACAAGCACCAAUGUAGAGCUGUAG